GGAACAGAUUUCUCACAUACACUAUAUAAUACAAGUUAGUGCAUGUCAUUUCCACUUUUUUGAUCCAAGAAUAAUAUUUUAUUGGAACUAAGCAAGAUCAUUUUAAGAAGAUUCUGCAGUGAUUACACAGCACUUCUUUGUUUGACACUAAUCACCCUCUGCAGUUUUAUCAACCAGGUGGACUAUAAACUGAAAAAAACUUCAUGUUGAUUGGACAUCACUUAUCCUUCUGUAACAAAGAUUUUUAAAAUGGGUCCUGGAGUGAAAGUGGACAAGACAAUGGCAAAAAGUGGAUCAAAAUGUUUUGAGCUAAGUUUUGUUUUCGUCUUGCUGAAUAUUGUCAGCUUUGUCGUUCCAGUCGCAGGAUAUGCACUGAAGUCUUGCCACAUCAGUUUUAAUAAGGCCAUAUGUUCCCAGAACAGACUCACUGCUGUUCCUACAGAUAUUCCCUUAACAGUCGAAGGUUUGACCUUGAUUGGAAACAAAAUUUCAAAAAUACACGCAUCAGAUUUCAAAAACUUUUCAGCUUUGACAGAGUUAAUUCUGAAACGCAACAUCAUCUCGCAGAUAGAGAAAGGCGCCUUUACGGAUCUGAUUUCCCUAAAGAAGUUAAAUCUAAAUGAUAAUAAGCUUACUCAACUUGGAGAUAAUCUAUUCGAUGGUAUGAGUAACCUCACACAGCUCAGAAUUAAUAAAAAUCAAAUCAAAACGGUGUCAUCCACCUCUUUCAAGUCCUUAGUAAGCUUGACAAUUUUAGACAUCUCCAACAACAAACUGUACCGCAUAACAAAUGUCCAUACGAUAAUACAGCACCUGCCAAAUCUACGGGAGUUGUAUGUUGCAAACAACAAUUUAACCAAUUUUCAGUCGUGGGAACUGACAAACAGCUCACUAAAACUCGCUUUCCUAGACUUGUCUGAAAAUCCUCUUGCAAACUUCAGGAUCACUGCAGAUGUUUUUCCUAGUCUUACCUGGUUAAGCAUCGGUGGCUCGUCUAAGAAGCAUCACAUGAAAUGGGAUGUUCGUAACAAGACUUUUCUUAGUCAUCUGUCUACCCUUGAUAUCAGUGGGCUUCAAAUAACUCCUGAUGACAUGAAAGUAAUACUAGAGAUCGUCAACUCCUCGUUGACUUCUCUGAAGAUGAAUGCAAUGACGCGUUCACAUCUGAGGGCAUUAAUUGACAUUUCCUGCACCAUCCCAACAGUGUCCUCAAUCCAAGUGAGAGGUAACAAUUUAUUUUUUGUCAGUUCAGAUUUUUUCCAGUUGUGUAGGAACGUAACAGAGUUAGAUUUAGCCGAUAACAAAAUAAAAAAUAUCAAAGACGACGCCCUCAGUUUUCUUCAAGGUAUUAAAAUCCUGGCUCUGAAUCACAAUAGGCUUCCAUCAGUUCCAGCUGCCUUGAGGAAUCAACCAACUCUUGAAGAGCUGGAUCUCAGCAAGAAUAACAUCAGCACACUUGGAUGUUACGAUUUCGCCAAUCUGACAAAGCUCAGACGGCUCAGCCUUCAUCAGAAUUCAAUCUCAGCUUUACAAGAGUGUGUUUUCAAGGAUUUAAUACGUUUGGAAGUGUUAAAGAUGCAGAACAACAGCAUCACUAAAUUAAAUAGUGCGUUCAACAAAUACUUGCCAAAUCUUAGACAACUGCGUUUGAAUUCAAAUCAACUCACCUCAAUUAGAAAUGGGGAAUUUAAGGGCUUGCGGUCACUCCAGAACUUGUCAUUACAUGACAAUAAAAUAAGGUUCCUUGAAAAGGAUUGUUUUAUUGAUUUGGCAAAUCUUAACGAACUUCAACUACAAUUGAAUGACAUGAAAAGUCAUAGAGAUUACAAAGGUAGUUUCAAUCAUCUGAAAAAUUUAAAACGGUUGGAUUUGAGUGACAAUGACAUUAAAUAUGACAAGAGUUCACCUUUGGAUGAUCCACCAUUUUCUCAACUGUCUAAUCUGGAGACACUGGCUUUUACUGGAAAUCACCGUAAAGGAAGGUCCCAGCUGCCUACUAACUUCCUUCAAGGUUUGACUAAUCUUUUGGUUUUCACUGCCAGGAACCUUGAACUUCGCUCCUUGGACAAAGACAUAUUUAAUUACACGCCUCAACUGCAAACACUUGAUAUUAGCUCAAAUGAACUGAUGGAUCUCUCUUCGGAUUUGUUUUCCCCAAUUAGAAACCUCAAAAGCCUUUAUAUAUCUAGAAUAAAUCUUGGGUCCCUAGAUUUCCUUAUAGAGGCCAACCUAACUACGCUGGAGUUCCUGCAGGCAAAAAAGAAUCAAUUUUCAGUUUUCAGAGAGGAAACAGUGAUGUCCCUCCCGGCUCUGAGUUACUUGGAUCUUCAAGGCAAUAGUUUUACCUGUGACUGUGAUAACGCCUGGUUCCUCCAGUGGACAGAAAAUGACAAGAAAACACAAGUUUUUGAUGCCUACAACUUUACGUGUAACUAUCCUCCAAACCUUAAAGGUAUGAAACUCUUGGACCUCGCUGUCCAGUCUUGCACAGUGGACACUGAAUUCAUCUGCUUUAUCACCACCACAUGUACAAUCCUCUUGUUUAUGGUGGCGUCAUUGACUUACCAUUUUCUAAGGUGGCACCUGGUCUAUGCCUACUACAUCUUCUUGGCUUUUCUCUUUGACAAAAAGCAUAAACACAUGCAAGUUCCAAAUCAGUAUGAUGCUUUCAUCUCCUACAAUGCCCAUGACGAGCCAUGGGUCAUCAGAGAGCUGUGGCCAAAACUGGAAGGAGAGCAGGGCUGGAGAUUGUGUCUGCAUCACCGAGACUUCGAACCAGGUAAUACAGACCUUACACCCGGCAUUAAGCUGUUUCGACCAACUAAGCGGAAAAUCCAAGUAAUUUUAUACAGGGGAAGUCAAACUUUUUUUUGACUCCAUGUGUCACCAAGCAACUUUCACAGGGAUGAACAGAGCCCUGCCUCUCUUUAUAUAGCCACAGAAAUGGAUCAACAGUUAUCGCCUAAGAUAAUCACAAUCCCAUCAGCCUUAGACAAAGCAACACUGUUUCUCACAGCUGUUAACAUAGCUGUCGACACUUAGCCCUGUUUAUCUAUGCAGCUGCAAGUUCCACAUUUGCUAUUGUUUAUGCUGAACAUUUUCAACCCCUUUAACAGUUAAUCAGUUCAAAAUAUGCCUUUGAAGAAGCCUUUUUGACAAUGGUGUGGAUAGCAUUGACAUUGAUUGUUCUAUAGAUUAAAUACUUUCU